UCGCGGCCUUGGGUGCGUGGUGGAGCACAGAGCACGGCAGCAACAACAAUGCGAUCUGACACGAAAUUGAAAAUCGCACGUCGCAAGCACACGCUCGGGCUAUUGAAGUGGCUAUUCUCUCGAAGGAACGCGCAGCUCGACGGCACAAAGCUAUCCCUUGAGUACCGCCGUUCAUUCGUUGACCACGAUACGCGGAGUUUGACGUAUGGAGAGGUGGAUGUACCGGACUUCUUGUCGAUCCUGGACUUGGUCAAGCCCCAAAAUGAGGUUUUUGUAGACCUCGGAUCCGGCACUGGCAAAGCGGUGCUGACGGCCGCGUGCGGGUUCCCUGAGUUCUUGAAGUGCCGAGGGAUUGAACUGGUUCAAGGAUUAGCAGACGCGGCCGCCGACCACCUCCAAACUGCGAAGACAUUCCUCGCUACGCCCCGAGCCCCCGCGCACAACAUGGUUCCUACGAACGACGUCAUGGACGCGGCGUUGGCUGGCGAAAGGGCUACACCUGGGGCUGCUCGCGCAUCUUUUGGAAAGAAAAAGCUGGGCCAAGGUGGCGGCGGUGGCCGUAAGGGAAAAAAAACAUCUGGAAGCAAGGCUUUGAAUCAGGGCUUGAACGCCUGUGACUUGGAGGCCCUUAUCGCGGAAUUGCUAAGCCGACAAGCGUCGGCCUCACACGCAGGGGGGGAACGAGAAACGAGUAGAAACGCCACCGCAACUGCUGCGAGAGAUUUGCGCGGGGCAAGCGCCGAGGAAAUCGCUUCUUGGCUCGUCCGCGAAAUGGGACAUCGACGGCAAAUAUAAGAGUAGCUUGCGCGGUUACGGCGGCCUCCAGAAGUUCCUGGUCGCUAGGAGACGAGCGAGCGACGCAUCGAGCCUUUUGUCAAUCACGGAAGACGGAACCAGGUUGACCGUCUGCCUCGCGGACGAAUGUCCCUCCGCCCUUCACCCGUCAUCAUCGCAACCAAGGGAUGCUGCGGCUGGUGAGCGAUACGAGGAGGAGACGAUGCACCGCAGUGGCUUUGUUGAGCAAUAUUGUCGGGGAGCCUGCCGCGACACCCACGACGACGCGGAAGCGGCUUCAAACUCUGCUACUACGGUGGUCCCUUUGGGUCACUCAUCAGAGAUCGACUAUGGGAAGUCGUGGGAAGACGGAAGUCCGCCUCCGUCUACUACUUGUGAAGCGUUGCCAACAGGUUGUUCUUUGACUUCUUCCAUGCCGGGUUUAUCGUGUGAUGAUUCCACCCCCGGCGACGGGACAAUCUGCAAGGACGGCAGCAUCGAGGAUGUUGUCAACAGGAGGCGUUUGCCGGAGCCGGGCCCGCUAACAGCCGAGUCCUUAGCAGGAGUGGAGCUUAUUUGUGGAGAUAUUUUUGAGGAGGCAUGGGACGAUGCGGGGGUCGUGUACGUGGCCUCCUUGCUUUUCGACGAGAGUAUGAUGGCACUCCUGGCUCAGCGCGCCCAGAGGCUCCGCCCGGGCGCUCGAAUUAUUUCUCUCAAACCAAUCCCUGCUCCGGAAUCGAGCAGGGAGCCAAUCGGCCCACGAGUGCGUGAAGGCGACCAGGGCGUACGGCAGGAUAGCAAUAGAGGUGGCGAAGCUGCCGGGGUUGAUCCGGGUUUGAGGCUGUUGCACGAGGGUGUCUUCCGCAUGAGCUGGCAAAUGGCUCGCGUCUACAUCUACGUGAGGUUGUGAACGUUGCUCGUGCAGCUCUCUACUUGUAACGGUACCCCUCCUGAGAGUACCACGUUGUAAAAUGUACUUUGAGGAGGUGCCGCAAGCGUUGUGUAUUGUAGCUGGAGUUGCAGGGGUAUCCGCGCCGUGUCUGGGUUUCAAGUUUCAUGCCAAACCGAACGAGACAUAUAUUAGACAUUUCGCUUGGCGUCACGUCUACAAUCUCUGGUCAGUCAAAAACAUUUGAGAGGCGUUCGAACGCCGACUUGUACCAGAAAUUUGCCUGUAACCUGGAAGAUUAUUGAACGGGGCCGUUGUGCUCGUGUGUACCGUGUCACAAAAACAUACCUAGUCCAAGCAUGUAAUUAGAUAUCGCCGUCAAGGACACCCUCCCUCUCGGUUUCACCCCCGCUUCUUGUACUUGUCCUACAUAGUGACCACGGAAAGGAUUAGGUCAGUU